CCUCAGUCCAGCAGCUUUAACCAUUAUAUUCCUGACGUUCAGACGCUUGCGCCUUCAAAGCGCUCAUCUCGCUCUUCGGAGAACUGUGCACAUGGCUGGCACACUCGAGCCCAUAGUCGUUCCGGAAGGAUUUACUCUCCACACGGAGAACACGUCUCACAUCCUACUACCUUCGACAAACGAGGCGUUCCUGAACCCGAUCCAGGAAUUCAAUCGCGAUCUGAGCGUGGCCGCCAUUCGUGUCUGGAGCGAGGAGUUGAACCAAAUCAAGGAGCAACGAUGGAGACAGGCGCAGCAAAGGAAGGCUGAUAAACGUAGCCGUCCAGACAAGAAGCGGAAAUUGGACGCAGACGGGGAAGAUGCAUCAAAAUCCACCAACGUCGUGAGUGAGAAUAAGGUGGGCUCUGAUUCAGUAGCCGAGAUUGCGGGGGCCGGAAAGCCAGUAGAGGAGCUUGAGUAUCAUCCGUACAAGUUUGUGCUCUUGGAAGCAUUGUCUGCCACUGGUCUUCGUUCAAUCCGCUAUGCCAAGGAACUCCCUAUGGUGAAAUACGUCAUUGCCAAUGAUCUCUCUCCGUCGGCGACCGCAGCCAUGAAGCGAAAUGUUGACCUGAACGGGCUGGGAGAGCGAACAGUUGAGUCGGACAGCAUGGGGGCAGAUGAGCCUGAGAAGGCGAAAAUGUCAAAAUCAAUACCUGGGAAGGUCAGGAUAAAUGAAGGCGACGCACGAGCACUUAUGUAUUCACACUCUCUGGAACGAAACCGGGUUGACGUCGUGGACCUUGAUCCCUAUGGCACUCCAGCACCAUUCAUUGACGCUGCAGUGCAGUGCGUGAAUGACGGAGGCUUGCUCUGCGUUACAUGCACAGAUCUUUCAGUUUUGGCCACAAACAAUUACCCUGAAAAAUGUUACUCCAACUAUGGCGGUAUUCCUGUCAAGGCGGAAUAUUGUCAUGAAGUGGCGCUCAGACUUGUUUUGAAUACAAUAUCUACGUCUGCAUCUCGUUAUGGGCGUUACAUCCAACCUCUCCUGUCUCUUUCCAUCGAUUUCUACGUUCGUCUGUUCGUCAGGGUCCAGUCAGCUCCUAUAGAAGUCAAGAAGGCUGCCAGCAAUACAUCCAUCUACUAUGUCUGUUCAAUCUGUCAGUCAUUCCAUGGCCAAUCCUUGGGAAAGAUGGUAGAAAAAAUCAAUGAGCGCAGCGGAAACGUGAACAAUCUCUUCAAGGCUCAGUCAGGUCCUCCAGUAUCAGAAAAGUGCCCUGAAUGCGGCUCUGCGAUGCACAUUGCAGGUCCGAUGUGGUCUGGCAAAAUCCAUGAUCAAGCUUUCGUGGGAAAGAUUCUCGAACAUCUAGAGAACAACGACGACAAGUAUGGUACUGCUGUGCGCAUGAAGGGUAUGCUCACGGUAGCCAAAGAGGAGCUGGAAACGCCGUUCUACUUCACUCCCUCUCGAGUAGCCAGUUUCUUCCAUUGUACUUGCCCUGCACUGGAUGACGUAGCAUCUGCAUUGCUCAAUGGCGGACAUGAAGUAUCCCGCUCACAUGCCUGCCCGGGAUCACUUAAAACGACCGCAUCGCGGGCGGACUUACAUGAUGUUUUCCGGUCAUGGGUGCAAACCCAUCCAGUAAAAAUGGAUAAAAUCACAGAGAACUCUCCUUCUCGGGUACUCCUCAGCAAAGAACCGAAAACGGAAGCCAGCUUUAAGCGCCACCCUCGGACCGUCACGCCCUCUUCAAAAGUCAAGUUGGUUCGUUAUCAGCAGAACCCUGCUCCUCAUUGGGGCCCUGGUACAAAAGCAGAUAGCGGUACAAAGCGCAAACGGGGAAUAGAGGAGGAAUGAAAGUAUAGGAUACUAAGUGCGGGGCUACGUGUGUACUCCGAAUGAUGUCAACCGUCAAAUGGAAAAAUGCGAGAUUUGGAC